CCCUUAUAAAAGCCCCAAGCACCAAGACUGUAGCAAUUUUACUGUUCCUUAUGAACAGAGAAUUGACGGUUUUGCCCACCCUGCCCCUUAGCACCCUUCUCUGGUUGACCAAGUUGACCGGGCUAUUUCGGUCUUUUUGCUUUGACAUUGCAUGUUGUCUCAGUGGGCUGACGCGUGGCAAUUCCUCUUUCUUUCGGCUGUGUCAAUGGCGGAAUUUCAAGGAGUUGGUGGUGGUGUAGUUGCGCGAUUUCGAGGAGUUAAUGGUGGUGUUGUUGCGCGAUUUUGCGGAGCUGAUGGUGGUGUAUAUGCCCAAUUUGAAGGACCUGGUGGUGGUAUUUUUUUGGAUCUGGUUGUUUUGUGCUAUGAGGGAAAAAAAAGAAUAAUUGUAGGUGUAUGCACUUGGAGCUGGUUGUGCUGGUAAAAUUAAUUGCAGCUACUGGUGGUUAUGGCUAUUCAGUCAAGCAAAAUUGCCAUUCCAUUUCGACCUCUUUUAGGUCAAUUGAUUGAUUGUUUAAAUUUUCCUAAACCGGUUUAUGGUUUCAUAGAUAGGGAUAGGAAUAAUGCUUGUGUUCGUAUUAGGACUGAAUGUGGGAAGUCUGAAUUUGUAUUUUUCGGUGGGGAAGCUAACACAGUUGAGGAGUCCCAAGAGAGAGCAGCUCAAAAAGCUGUGCAGAAAUUGAUGAACCAGUUUGGGGUGCGGGUGAAUGAUUUUACAUCCGAUAGAGCAAGGAUGUAUCAGCUAUGCAGUAAGCUUUUUAAGCAUAAGGUGGUUGAGUUAUGUAGUGAAAAAGGGAUAGUGAUGCCUGGUGCACAGAAGGUUUUGGGCAAAAAACCAUCUGGUGAUGUUGUUCAUGUGACCAUUGACUUUGUAGGAUUUUUAGGAGCUGUUGUUACAAGGACUGGAGCAGAGGUGAGUCCAUUAGAGACUAUUUGGGUUGAAAAUUUGGGCUUUGUGUCCUGGCUAACAGUGUCUUGCCCACAUAAUGGAGGUGAAAUGGAAUGCAUAUAUAGUGAUGCUUGUCCUGAGUUAGCUGAUGCGAGGCAAAAAGCUGCCAAAAGAACUAUUCAUUACUUGGUGACUAAGUAUAAUCUAGAGAUCAUUGAUGCUAAUUAUGGUGCAAUUUUGGAGAAGCAUGUUGCUUGCAGUGCUCUAAAGAGAAGGUUUUACCAAUUAAAGGAGCAUUUGACUGCCAGAGAGGAAAACUUUGCUACUGAUGAAUGCUUGACUUCUACUUCUGAGAGGUUUCGGAUCCCUGAGAUUGGUUUGCCUCCAGCUGCUCCAGUUAAAAGACGUUCGGUUACAGCAUUAGAUGCAGCAUCUUCUUCUACUGUUAGAGUUGCUGAACCUUUGGUUUCUGGCAUACCUGAAUUAGAGAUUGUAUGGAAGCGGGCAAAGUUUGUUUAGCCUAUAUGGAGACUUACAUUAGUAUUUUGGGUAGAAAGUUGUAUGCCUGGAUAUAGGUGUUUAGAUUUAGCAUUGAUAUAUGCUUAUUAUCUUUCCUUUUGUCUUAGAGCCUAGGUCUAUGAGUAGAAAUGGCUGAAAUUUUUCAUUAGAAAACAAACUUGAAGGCUGUAAUUGAAAUAUAAUGUAAUGUGUAUCUUGAGUAAUGAAUGGAUUAACUUUUUAUUGUAG